GUUCAGUCAUCGGUUGGUGCUGCGGUGGUGCUGUGGUGCUGUCUGUAGCCAAAAAAGAAGAAAAAAAGAAAUACAAAAACACGCCGCGUACGAGUUGAAAUACUACAAACUUGCUUGCUUUAUUAUUUUGUUGCUAUUUUUUUUUUCUGUUGUUGUUCGUUUUCGUUGAUAUAUUUUUUUUUUGGAUUCAUAUUUGAUACUCGUUGUCGACGCAGUCGCGUGUUAUUUUCUGUGUGUGUUGUUCUCGUUGUUGCUGUUUGUUUGAUUCGGUUUUGAUUUUGAUUUUGAUUUUGCGCCGUAGAUCGGCUUGGUAAACAAAGCAAACAAGCGAGCAAUGCGACGGUGACAGCCAUAAACAGCUUCUAGACAAAACGCUUGAAUAACAACCACAAUUACAACUACAAAACUAAAUUCAUAUACAAACAAGCGCAAUUACACAUAUCAAUUGUGUGUGUAUAUUGUGAGCAAUAAGAAAUUAUAUAUACCGAGAGCAAAAGGUUUGGAGCAGUUUGUGUUGUCGCAGUGGAGAUGGAGCUCUAUACGUCGGACAGCUCGGACACGGAUUCGCGAGAGCAGAAAACAAUCGAUUUCGGACGCAUGAACUUGGAUCUGGCGACACUCGAGGAUCAUUUGAGUUCGCCGCACAAGGCGCUGGCCAAAUCGAGCGGCGACAUCGAGACGCUGCUAUUGAAUCACAAUCGUUUGGUCGGUUUGCCGCGCAUGCUGCAACAGUUUGUCAACAUCAAGAUACUCGAUCUGAGCUCAAAUGCCAUUACCCAGCUGCCCGAUGCCAUUUGCCAGCUGCCUCUGGUCACGCUGAUUGUGAAGAACAAUCUGUUGACGAAUGCCUCGUUGCCCAAAUCGCUGUUGAGCAAAUUGAGCGGCAGCAGCCAUGGCACCUCGACGCUGAAGGAGCUCAAUUUGAGUGGCAAUCAAUUGACGCAUUUUCCAGAACAGGUCACCGAACUGCGACAGCUCAAGUAUUUGUAUUUGGGCGGCAACAAGAUCUCCAGCAUCUCCAAGGACAUUUGGAAGAUGCAAAGUCUGCACGUACUUUCGUUGGGCGGCAACCUGAUCAAUGAGGUGCCCGAGACGGUUGGAUCGUUGAGUCAGCUGCAAGCGCUGGUGCUCUGCGAUAAUCUGAUCGAGCAUCUGCCGACGAGCAUUGCACGCCUGAAGAAUUUGAAGUCGCUGCUGCUGCAUAAGAAUAGACUGAAGCACUUGCCCAAGGACAUUGUGGCCUUGAAGAACCUAACCGAGCUGAGCUUGCGUGACAAUCCAUUGGUGGUGCGUUUCGUGCAGGACAUGGCCCUGAAGCCACCGACGCUAUUGGAGCUAGCCGGACGCAUUGUUCGCGCCAGUGGCCAACAACCGGGACCCGCCGAUGUGCCGCGCACAUUGGUUGAGUACCUGAAUAGUGCCAACUGUUGUGUCAAUCCCAAUUGCAAGGGCGUCUUCUUUGACAAUCGUGUGGAGCACAUCAAGUUCGUCGACUUCUGUGGCAAGUAUCGGGUGCCGUUGUUGCAGUACCUCUGCUCCUCCAAAUGCAUUGAACCCGAGCGUCCGGCACGCGCCACGACGAGCAGCAAUGCGAAUGCCAGCAGCGGCUUCAUGAUGCGCAAGGUACUGCUCGGCUAAAGUUGCCCAGACCAGGGCACAUCUGGGUUUCCCCGGGACCGAAACAACCGUUCGACGCUGCGUCGCUGCCCCAUCGGGACAUCCUUCCCUCCCUCUUCCUUGGCCCGAUUCGGUGCGGAUCCCCCAUUGGCGGCUGCAUAUGGUCCCAACACCACCACCACAACAACAACAACAACAACUUCCCAAAAACAACUGCUGUGGCAGCUAUACCCACAUUGGCUUUAUUAUCACAAUUUUACCAAAAAGAAAACUUUCAACUUGCCAAUUUGCCAAAUGCAUAUUUUGUCCAUUGUUUUUAUUUUUGUUAUGUUUUUGUAUAUAAACCCAAUAUGAAAAAUAUAUAUGUAACGCAAAAUAUAUAUGUAUAUAUAUAUUAUAUAGAUCGAAUCUAUAUAUGUGUAUAUAUACGUGUGUGUGUGUGUGUGUGUGCUCAUAGAUGAACUGCAAACAGAUAGCUUAAUUUGAUUGGACUAGCCAUUGAAAAAUAGUCGAUAAUAGUGGAAUUUCCCCCCAGUGCGUGGUGGUUGACAACAAUCACUAUUAAAAAUACUAAUGAAUGGAAUGAACCGGGAGAAACCUCGAACUUUGUCAAAGAUAAGUUAAGAACCGAUAGAGAAAUUUGCAUAAAAAAUUAGCGGACAGACGCAACAGAAAUACAUUUCCUUUUAAGGAGUAAUCGAAUAAUUGUUCGAGCUUGUUCAACAAGGUAAGCGAGUUGCUCCAUCUAAACUUAAAAUGCGACUAUUACUUAAUAAACACAAAUAAUUAUCGUUAUCAGCAAAUGGACUCUCGCACAACUCACGCGACAUAAACCUUAUAAACUUAAAUACACGCAGAUACUGAGCCCCGAAUAAGACUAAAUCAAGUAAUUUAUUCAUAUAGAUAGUUUAUUUUUCCAUUCUGAGAAACAUUCAUAGCUAUUCGUAAUUUGCCCAAUAUUGUUUGCAAAGAAUGAUAUAUAAUUUAAGAGCUACAAACAUGGAUACAAAUAUAAAUUAUCAAAAGACGGUAAAUUUGAAAUUAGAAAAAAUAUACUUCAAAUUUGAUUGAAAUGAAAUGAUUGAUAUUCGUUGCCUCUUCGUAAUCGAGAAUUAAUCAAAAUUUGAAUGCCAACGGAACCGAUAAAAGCUCCUUAUAACUUACAGUUAAAUAAAUGUAAUGUGGAUUGUAGAUUGUGUGGAUUGUAU